AUGUACGCCAAGGCUAUCUUCGUCUCUCUCCUCUCCCUCGCCCUCUCCGCCAACGCGAUCCCCGCUGCGGCCAAGAAGGGCAGCGGCUCGAAUGUCGCCACCUGCGCUACCGGCACUGUGAAGACGGUGACCGUCACUGCCACCGCCGCGGCCGUCACCAGCGUCGCGGCGAGCGCGAACGCCAGCAAGGGCAACACCGGCAAGGGCACCACCGGCAAAGGUGGCAACAACGGUCCCGGCCUCGGGCAACAACGCCGCGUCCGGCGCCAGCGCGCAGACGUCGCUCACGAUCGACCCUCCAACGUCUUCACCUUCACCCAGACUGGCCAGGAAACGCCCACGGCCGGCCAGGAGGCCGCGCUCACGUCGACGAACAACUUCAUCAACUUCUGCGCCCAGUUCCCGAACGACAAGAUGCCCUCCGCCGCGUUCGUCUUCCCCGCGAACGGCGGCUCGGUCACCGCGAACCAGAACUUCACCGUCCAGCUCGCGAUCAAGAACAUCGAGACCGGGCACUUCACCAACCCGGACGCGACGUUCCACCAGGCGCCCCAGACGCUCAACACCGCCGGCCUCAUCCAGGGCCACUCGCACAUCACGAUCGAGGCGGUCGCGAACAUGGCCGCGACGACGCCCCUCGACCCGACCGCGUUCAAGUUCUUCAAGGGCCUGAACAGCCAGGCGCAGAACGGCAUCCUCACCGUCACCGUCGGCGGCGGUCUCCCCGCGGGCACGUACAAGAUCUCGACCAUCAACUCGUCCGCGACCCACCAGCCGGCGCUCGUCCCUGUUGCGCAGCGCGGCUCGCUCGACGCUGUUGCCUACUUCACCGUUAAGGCGGCCGGCGGCAACAACGCCGCGUCUGGCACUGGCGCGGCAACUGGCACCACCGGCAAGACUGGCACCACCGGCAAGACCGGCACUGGCAAGAAGGGCGGCAAGACCGGCGGCAAGAAGUUCGGUGGCAAGAAGUUCGGCAAGAGCCGCCGCAUGGUCGAGCGCGACUGA